AUGCCAACAUUGCCGAAGUUUGUGGUGCUCAAGUCGAACUACAACAACAAAUACUUACGAUUCAAUACUAUAGAUGCAGAUGAGAAUCUGAAGCGAAUCAUGCCGGCUGCAAGGUAUAUUAAUUUCACAGGAGAGGAAGCAGGGAGCGAACACACAAAAUUUGAAGUGGAGAAGGCAAAGAGUAUUGGGAAUGAGGGACUAGUACACAUUAGAUGCUGCUACAACAAUAAAUACUGGGUGAUGCCUGCUUGUGGUUAUACUCAGAUUGUUGCUGGUGCUGAUGAACCAGAGGAAGACAAAUCCAAGUUCUCAUGUACCUUGUUCGAGCCUGUCUACGAAGAUGAUGAUGGCCUCCCAGUUGAUGAUUCCAGAAGUGCUAAUUCUAUAGUACUCCGAUUCCGCCAUGCCCACAAUGGAAAGUACUUGGCCUUGGUGCAAAACGAUCCGAAUGACAAAUACUGGGGUUUCAUGUACACGUAUGGGGAAUCUCCUAGCCAGAGGUUUAUGGAUGUGUUCAUAGUCAUUGACUGGGAAUCGUUGGUGCUAAUCAAGAUACUUCCCAAGCAUGUGGCGUUUAAGGGUGCUAAUGGUCACUACCUCGGUGCCCGCCUGAUCGACCAAUACCCAAGUUUGCUGCAGUUCGAAUCCACUGACAUUGAAGAUCCAUCGGCAGGAAACGAGGUCUUCACCAAUGCUGAUGGCACCGUUCGCAUAAAGUCCGAUUCCUCAGGAAAAUUCUGGAGGCUCACCGAGGAUGACUGGAUAUGCGCCGACUCAGAUGACUCUACCAACGACGAUUCCCACACAUUGUUUUGGCCCAUCAAAGUAGGCGACAGUGCCAUUGCCCUCCGCAACAUGCAGAACAAGAAGUUUUGCAAGAGAUUUACCACUAGCACAAUUACAAGCGGUCUUAAUGCAAACGUCUCCACUAUCGACAAAGAGGCAUACUUGGAGGUGGAAGAGGUUUUUCCCUUAAGGAGAGAUAUCAGUAAUAUUACUCUCCAUCUCGACCGUGCAAGGAUUUACAACCAAAACGUUGUCAAUUUAGCCAUGGGUGAACUCGUUAACCAUUCUAAUGAAUCUUACCCUAUGGAAUUGAAGUUUUCCUAUAUAGAAACUAGGAACAGUACUUGGAAUUACUCCAGUGUCUCGUCGAUUUUGAAGUUGUGCGGCCUCAAGAGCAGCACCCACACCGAAGUUCCAGUAAUUGCAGAUGAUAAAAAGUUGACCAUUGGAUUUACUGGAGCAGUCCAAUUUGGAGAAACUGAGACAGUCACAAGUAGUGUAAAGGAUGCUUUUUAUAAGUAUGUUCUGCCAGCAAUGACUAAGGUAAUGGUGAGGUUUGUAGCAGCUGAGGCUUCAUGUGAUGUUCCCUUCUCUUACACCCAGCGCGACACUCGUACGAGUGGGGAAAUAAUUACCAGCAACAUAGACGAUGGAGUUUAUAAUGGUGUGAAUACCUUUGAUUUCAAGUUCGAGUCCACAGAAGAAAAGCUUUCAUGA